AUGCAGGCUCUACAUGGGCUUGUAAGAGAUCACCAUUAUCACGAAGGUAUCCUAAUCGUCAAUGAUAGGUCUUGGAAGCCUCAUGGUCAUGAUACUAGGUUAUUAUUAUCAAUCACUACCACUACAUCGCUCAAGUUACGACAAGGUCCCCCAAAAAGCGAUGCAGAACGUGCUCUAGCAACAACAAGCGGUGUAACAUUGGAAAAGAAAAUACACAUUGAACAAGGUCAACAAAGGGAAAUAGUCGAUAAGACCAAAGAAUCAGCGAACACCAAAGUGGAACUUGAUCAAUCUGAAUUAAGCACCAUCAAUGCCACUUCGUCAACCCUUCAUGACUUGUGUCCAUCCGGCAUAUAUAUUAGCAUGGUCGUUGCAUACCCAGCUGAAGUGUUACAAUACCAACAUGUGCGCCCAGAUCCAGAGCCUGAAUUCGCUGCAAGUCCAAAUCUCAAACGGAUCAUCAUUAACGUCGACGACAGGAACAUUGGAAGUAUAUUCCCUGCUCGACACACCAACUUCCUUGAUAACCUGAAGAAAUGCAAGCGAAAACCAGGCAAUGAUUUGAGGGGGGAUAACUGGAAUAAGCCAUGCCUCAGGAAAACAGCUAAUAGCGAUGUAUAGAAUCGAUUCACUUUUUUUACCAUCUUGAGC